CGGAGCGUGCGAGGCCACAGGGCAGCUCGUUCACAUUUCGUCUUAUGUAGAGUCUCAGGUGGGACUGGCACCAUGACCACGGAGAAACAAAGCGUACAGGUCUGUGGGAGCUGAAGAGGCGGCUGUUUUCUGUGAAUUUAUUUAUUCAGUUUUCUCGGCGCAGGAAUAAAGGUCCCCGCAGGCUGUGCCUAUUGUGCUACUAUAUCAGCGGAAGGCAUUGUGUGUCGGCGGCAGUGUCCGGCUCAGCUCAGCCGCACAUCUCCUGCCUCGUUAGCAAGCUAGCAAGUCAACACUGUGUGCUUACGUCCGCGCUAAGCUAGCAGUGCUGCUAGCUUGGCCGGUUUGUUUGGUGGGAGCUGGUGUGUAGGUGAUGUUGUCCGUGCUGUCUUACGGUAGACUGGUUGCCAGAGCUGUCAUCGGCGGACUUUCUCAGACAGACAGCCGCGACUACAGCCUGGUGACAGCGAGCUGCGGCUUCGGCAAGGAUUUCCGCAAAGGUAUCCUGAAGAAAGGGAUGUGCUAUGGGGACGAUGCGUGCUUCAUCGCCCGACACAGGUCCGCUGAUGUUUUGGGUGUAGCAGAUGGAGUGGGUGGCUGGCGGGACUAUGGAGUGGACCCAUCACAGUUUUCAGGUACAUUAAUGAAGACAUGCGAGAGGCUGGUGAAGGAAGGACGCUUUGUCCCCAGCAACCCCGUGGGAGUCCUCACGACCAGCUACUACGAACUGCUGCAGAACAAAGUGCCACUGCUGGGUAGCAGCACGGCCUGCCUUGUGGUUUUGGACAGGCAGAGUCACCGGCUGCACACAGCUAACCUGGGAGACUCUGGCUUCCUGGUGGUCCGGGGAGGGGAGGUGGUCCACCGCUCAGACGAGCAGCAGCACUACUUCAACACGCCCUUCCAGCUGUCUAUCGCUCCCCCGGGGGCCGAAGGGGCCGUCCUUAGUGACAGCCCUGAGGCGGCAGACAGCUCUUCCUUCGACGUCCAGCUGGGCGACAUCAUCCUCACCGCCACCGAUGGGCUUUUUGACAACAUGCCUGACUACAUGAUCCUGCAAGAGCUGAAGAAACUCAAGAACACAAACUAUGAGAGCAUCCAGCAGACGGCCCGGAGUAUUGCAGAGCAUGCCCACGUACUGGCGUAUGACCCCAACUACAUGUCGCCUUUUGCACAGUUUGCCUGUGACAAUGGACUGAAUGUAAGAGGAGGAAAGCCAGAUGACAUUACAGUGCUGCUGUCCAUAGUGGCAGAAUACACUGACUAGAGUCUGUGUGGAACUGUGGACAGGGGGCAUCUGCCUCUGCAGGUAUCAGACUGCUUUGAUUCCUGCUGGCCAGGAUGAAGGACUGAUGCGUCCCCCCGCAUGCUCUGGCUCUACUCUGCCUCAGCCCCCAACUGACCAUCAACCCCUUCUCCCCCCCAAAAAACUCCUACAUGCCCACUUCUCUGUGAUCAUGUACAUCACAAAGGGGCUGAAUAAAGAGGACUAGAGGCCUGAACCGUCCUCUUGGCCAGGCUGCAGUGUUGGCUUCUUUGCAGUGUUCCAGUGCUCACUGGAUAAUCCCAUUGUCCGGGAUAAGCAUCGGGCACGUUAGAGACGAGGAUAAGUCUCUGAUCGGUGGUUUGGGCAGGGAGGACGCUGAGAUUCAGAGUGUGAGGCAGAUGUAGCCAGAUGGUAGGUAAGGGCUGCUGGAAGGGAAAAACUACUGAGUCCAUCAGUAGUAUCAAGAAGGGAACUGCACAGGAAGUGGCAGCAUUAGGGCUCAAUAAACAGGCUGCCCUGUGCAAAUGGAUGUUCGUAAUGAUACAGUGGUAGUUAGAAAACUUUGGCCUGGAAGCUUUUAUGUUGGUGUAGGGAGCAUAUGUUUGACAGUAGGAUAUGACUGGUGUGCUCUGUUAAAUGUUUGCAGAAAAGUUGUGUAUGUGGUUAGUUAGUACUUGGCGGGGUGAUCCAGUAAGAUUUCAUCAAGAAGAGUGGCAGCUGCCUUUCCCAUACCAGUGCAGUUCAAAUCCUGCACACAUUUUGUUACCUAAUGGCUGCUGGGAUGAAGAUUUUAUAGUUCAAAUGCUUCUCUGGAUGUAUAUUAUGUCAAACUGAUGCCCUCCCUUUAAUCUCACCACUGCUGCUGAAGUCUUGAUUGUGAUUACAUGUGAUGUCUAUGGAUGUGUGCGGGAUGAAUGCGCUUGUCAGUGUGUCUCUUGAAAUGUGUAAUUAGUGUCUAUGAAAUGGAUGUGAAGGCUACAGACUUCUCCAUAUCCACUGGGCUUAAUUGGUCUUGCAGCCUUAAACGCACAAAGCUGAAAAGCAUAUCGGAAAAAGCUCUACACAGUGGAAGUUGGUCAGAUGACCAAAUGUAUUUUUGUAACUUCUUUGUUCAGUGGGAUUUUUGAAUUCUUUGGAUGGAUCACAGCAGCAUCAGAGUAGCUUUAGAAACUGUUGUUCUCAGUCAGCAUUCCCAACUCUUCUCUCUCGCCUUUCUGCUGUAGAGCUCCAAUGGCACAUUCAUCAGGUCACUGCAGGUUUCAUGUGAAAAACUGUCAUCAUAUUUCCACUACAAAAAUUUGCACUCCGUUUUCCCCCCAGUGAAAAAAAAAUUCUUCAUAAAAUCAGUUUUUUGUGUAAUGUUACGAUGUGCCUUGUAUCAGGUGUCGCUGAUACUGGCAAACGUCCAUAAUUCCUUAAAUCCCCAUCUAUGUGCCAGAUACUGAGCACAAAGCCUGAAACUGCUAAGUAGCCAUAAGAGUCAGCAACAGCUUUCCCAUCAUGCCCUGCUGUCUUAACACUAGGUCUUUUCACGUACAGUAUGUCCAACCUUUUUUCUCCUGAAAUCUGCAUCUCUGCACUCAGUCAGGAGCUUAGGAAUAGUGAUAAAGCCAUUGCACGCUUAGAAAAUCCUCCCUGUGGAUCUUCAGAUCACUGUUUACAAUCUUCACUACGUAAUGGACUCUUUCCAUACUUAAUCUGACUGCAGUGUCAGGUGUCACUUUGAAACGAGGUUGAUGGGCACGGAACAGCAGAUAUAGGCAGAGCAGUGAAAGGUCAAAAUGUGAGUUUAAAGUGUUCUAGCACCGAGUACAAUCUAAGCAGCCUUAACAAUAUUACAAAGCAAUUCUCCCAGUCCGAUGGUACUGCUACUGUUAGCUUUGUGGUUCCUGACUCAUACCUGUCGUGACACCUCUUCCCUGAUGUCUCUCAUCGUCCUCUUCCACACACUUUGUUACAACCAACCAGAGCAUGUCUAUAUUUUGGGUGUACAGUUCAAUAAAGAUCGAAGCUCUGUAAAAAUACAUUUGAAAUCUGUACAAUAUUUAAAUAAAGAGUAUAGUAUUUAUUA